CCGCAUACGGUCGGGACACGGUGGUAACACAACACGGUCUGAUGGACUGAUGCGUGUUGCUGAUUGGAAAUGACCACCUCCGCUGUUAGGAGCGCGCGGAUGGUCCAGGGGAGCGGUAAUAUGUCGGCGCGCUGAGGUUCAGCGAACAGCGGCGCACGCUCCGAGUUUCUCCCUGUGUGAGAGAGAGAAAGAAAGAGAGCAACUGGAGAGCCUUUGGUGCCUUUUCUGAUAAUCCACGCUGUUGUGAUGCGAAUUCCCGUAGAUCCCAGCGCCAGUCGGAGGUUCAGUCCGCCGUCCAGUAGCCUCCAGCCGGUCCCAGGAAAGAUGAACGAUGUGAGCUCUCCAGCCGGGCAGCCGGACGCAGCGGCGGCAGUGCCAAGACUGCGCCCCCACGAAAACCGCAGUAUGGCCGAGAUCAUCGCAGACCACCCGGCCGAGCUAGUGAGGACCGACAGUCCCAACUUUCUCUGCUCGGUCCUGCCCUCCCACUGGCGGUGCAACAAGACUCUGCCGGUCGCUUUUAAGGUGGUUGCCCUGGGAGAUAUACCUGACGGGACCGUUGUCACCGUAAUGGCAGGCAACGAUGAGAACUAUUCCGCCGAGCUGCGGAACGCCUCAGGUGUGAUGAAGAACCAAGUAGCACGCUUCAAUGACCUUCGUUUUGUGGGCCGCAGUGGCAGAGGCAAGAGCUUCACUCUGACAAUCACAGUAUUCACCAACCCGCCACAAGUGGCUACUUACCACCGAGCCAUAAAGGUCACCGUGGAUGGACCUCGUGAGCCCAGGAGGCAUCGUCAAAAGCUCGAGGAUCCUCCCAAAACUGGUCUGUUCUCCGACCGCCUCAGUGAGCUAGAGAGGAUGAGGGUGAGGGUCACGGUUCCAACGCAAGCCCCACGGCCAGCACUGAACACGGCGGCCAACUCCUUCAACCCACAGGGGCAGACGCAGAUAACAGACCCUCGUCAGUCCCAGUCCUCUCCUCCCUGGUCGUAUGAACAGACGUAUCCGUCCUACCUGAGUCCCAUGGCGUCCCCCUCGGUCCACUCCACCACCCCCCUCUCCUCCAGCCGAGGCACAGGUCUGCCUGCCAUCAGUGACGUGCCUAGACGAUUGCCAGGUUCUUCUGACCUGAGCCCGUUUCCCGGUCAGUUUGAGCGCCAGUUCCCGAGCCUCUCCUCCCUCACUGAGAGCCGUUUCUCCAGCCCUCGGAUGCACUACCCGGCCACCUUCACCUACACCCCGCCCGUCACCUCGGCCAUGUCGCUGGGCAGCGCCCACUACCACACCUACCUUCCCCCUCCGUAUCCGGGCUCCACCCAAAGCCAGAGCGGACCCUUCCAGACCAGCAGCACGCCCUAUCUCUACUACGGGACGUCCUCCAACACGUACCAGUUCUCCAUGGUUCCCGGUGGGGACCGCUCGCCGUCCCGGAUGAUCCCGCCUUGCACUAGCGCCUCCACGGGCACCUCUCUGGUGAACCCUAACCUACCCAGCCAGACAGAGGGAGGGGUGGAUGGCGACGGGAGCCACAGUAAUUCCCCAACUGUACUCAACCCCGGAGGCCGCAUGGAUGAAGCAGUCUGGAGGCCAUAUUGAAGAAGACAGACAGAUAAGAAGUCAACUGAUGUCAUGGUUUGAAAGCACAAAACCUUUUUUUUUUUUUUAAGAAUGAAAAGGGGAUUUUGGAGCUUACAUCAGCUAUCUCUACCUUUUGGAAAUUAAGGUUGAGAUAAAAAAAAAAGAGACCAGAGUUGUAUGGACUUGUCCUCCUGGAAUGUGUUUAGACCAAGGCGCUACAAAGGGAGUCAUUUUCAAAGCAAUAAUGAGAAAGACAUUUCUGGUUUACUAGACCCAAGUGGAUGAGACAUUAUUUCAGUUUUAUUCUCGUCCACGAGCUAAGGGAUGCUUCGACAAUAUUUGUUAAAGACUGCCUCUUUUGUAUAGUGUUUGUAUUUCAUUAAGGCUUUUUGUAGAGCAUGUUUUUUGUACUACGACAAUAUCAAGAUGCAAGUUAAGCACUGAGUAGCAAGUAAUAAGAGUAACACAUAUGUUACUUUAAGUGGUGUGGACAGUAAAUUUGCUUUAAACCAAUUAAUUUAACUUGUAUAUUGUGGGUGAAACGAUGUAGAUUGAGGCGUUUUCUUCGUUCUAACUUAUAAAGCCAUAAAUUAUGUAUUGUAUUUGAAACUUGAGUCAAAGAAAGGUAAUCUGAAUAUUUUUGAUGCAUCUAUAUGACUAAGUUAAAAUGAUUUUU